AAAGAAUACAUGCGCGUUAAUCUCGUCCGCGAGAAGAGAAUUGUAUUCAGUAGUAUUUUUAUUGCUGUCAUAUAUAUCGAUAAAAGUAAUUCCCUGGUGUAAACCGUAAGCGUUAAACUAAAUGAGCGCGAAUAAGUGAGAAGCGAAGGGAAAAGAAGACAGGUGUUGAAUAUGUCGCGUUGCUAUGAAACUCGGUGAUAUUAUCGUCGAAAGAUCAUACUAUGAGUAGUAGUACGUUUGGAACGGAGGCAUCAACGAUCGCGGUCUCGGUGAUUGACAAUAUGAUGACCAAUGUCUCUAAUAACAUUGUCGAUAAUACCUUAGAAGCAACCAGGGAAGCGACACCUAUUUUCUUGCAGACUCGAGCUGCUCAAGGAAUAGCCGGUGUUUUCGUCUGGCUAGCACUUUUUUUAACUUGCCAACAGAUUUAUCAACAUUUAAGAUGGUAUACCAAUCCCACGGAACAACGAUGGAUAGUCAGAAUACUCUUCAUCGUACCAAUCUAUGCAACGUAUUCUUGGGUGUCUCUAUUAUUCUUCAAUAGCGAAAGCUACUAUGUUUAUUUCUUUACCGUACGAGACUGUUAUGAAGCAUUUGUUAUAUAUAACUUUCUGUCCUUAUGCUACGAGUACCUGGGUGGUGAAGGGAACAUUAUGUCCGAAAUAAGGGGUAAACCAAUACGUUCCAAUUGUUUAUAUGGAACAUGCUGCCUAGUUGGAAAGACUUAUACCAUUGGUUUCUUGAGAUUUUGUAAACAAGCAACUUUACAAUUUUGCUUGGUCAAGCCUGUUAUGGCUUUUGUCAUUAUAUUUCUUCAAGCAUUUGGCCAUUAUAGAGAUGGGGAUUGGUCACCAGAUGGUGGCUAUAUUUAUAUAACAGUGAUUUAUAAUUUUAGUGUAUCACUUGCUCUUUACGGACUUUUCCUCUUUUAUUUUGCCACGAGAGAACUGCUAACACCGUUUGAACCGGUUUUAAAAUUUUGUACUGUAAAAAGUGUCAUUUUUCUGUCAUUCUGGCAAGGAGUGUUAUUGGCCAUUCUUGAAAAAGCAAAUGUUAUUUCACCAGUAAUAAACAGCUUAGGACAGUCAACGAGCGCUGGUACAGUUUCUGCUGGUUAUCAGAAUUUUCUAAUUUGCAUUGAAAUGUUGUUUGCUGCGAUUGCAUUACGCUAUGCAUUUCCAUAUCAAGUAUAUUCAGCUGGUUGUGUAACUGAUUCUAGAGGAAGAAGUGUGACAAUGCAAAGUAUUAGUAGCAGUUUGAAAGAAACAAUGAAUCCAAAAGAUAUAAUGACUGAUGCCAUCCACAACUUUCAUCCACAGUAUCAACAGUAUACGCAGUACAGCUCUGGAGGACCUAAGGGACAACGUGGUAUGCGAGUAUCCAGCUUUGAUCCUGAUGAUCCACAAAAUAUGCCAGUACCACCACCACAAAGACGUAAUACUUCACAUCAACGAGUUGCAACUAUCUCACAAAAUUAUAAUGAAAAAACAAUGUUAUUGAGUAGCGAUGAUGAAUUUCAAUAAAUAUGGAAAGUAAUCUCAAUUGGAAUGCAGAGCUUAUCGAGAUGACAUAUAUAUAUAUAUAUAUAUAUAUAUAUGUUAUUAUAGAAAUAUGAAAUUAAAUUAACAACUAAAAAUCUGCUUUCAGUGAUUAAAAAUUAAACAUUCUUUUUAAUUGUACAUCGUUAGAUAGAAAUAUGACUCACUCGUGAGAACAAAAGAAAGAAAAAACAAAAACAAUGAAAGAUAGAAAAAAAGAAAAAAAAAA